AUGAUCUCGUCUACACCCUCGAAAACCGCUACACAAUGCGCAAGUCAAGGCAGAAAGAGAAGACGAGCAGAGGUUCCAAACCCAGCAAAUACUUUGGAUGGAUUAGUGCAGAGACGAGUGGAAGAGGGGAAAGGACUCUCGGGGAGAUAUCUCACAGAGAAUGAAGCUAUUGAGAGUCCCGAGGAUCAUCAACAAGUACAGCCAGUUCCCACCGGAACCACUAGCGAUCCGGAUGUCUCAGCUAGAACAUGCUCGAUUUGUGGAUAUCAGCGUGUCACUCUUCCACCACCACUUCCGCAAGCUGUCCCUCAACGACGAAUGCUUCAGAUCUAUGCCUGCAAUCGCUGUCCCUUCGAGACGGAGCACCUCUCCAUCUUCCACAUUCAUUCCAAUUCCGCUCAUCAUCUUUCCCAAUAUUCUUGUCUUUGUGGACACUCGUUUGAAACGAUCGAAAUAGCGCAAGAACAUUGUCAAAAGAAUGGAUUCCCAACGGAGCAUAUGAGUGCAAAUUUCACCAUCAGAUAUCAAAGAGAAGCCCCAUCAGUCUCGACUCUUUCCCCCAUCGCUCACUCGGAUUCCUCAGCUGAUUCGGGUGUUCACAGUGACACUGAUGAUUCCGAACAAGAGACUUUCCCAGCCUCAACUUUAUCUCCAGCCUUCAAUGGGAUUGAUUCACUAUUCCUCUCUUCGCUCUUCCCCUUGAUCCCUCUCCCCUCUCCAUCCCAUCCGAUCUCUCCACUCCCACUCUCCUCUCCAUCUCCGUUCCUUCUCCCACAAUUCGAUCUCUCUACAUUACUUCUGGCUCUACAGGCUCAAGCACAGGCAAAUCUUGGACAAAUUCCUCUCAUUUCCCCAUCAGAAAACUCGGCUUUUUCUCCGGCUAGAGGCAAAAAAAUGGUCGAAAAGGAGGCGGAUACAAAGGAUAUUGGUUGUUCACUGUGUGAGGCGGUAUUCUCCUCGCAUUCAUCCCUCUCUUCACAUCUCUCAUUUCACGGAUCAUCCCGCCCACAUCAGUGUCCAAAUUGCAAUUAUGCGGCUGGGAAAAGGACGAAUCUCCACCGUCACACUUCCACUCAUCACCGGCAAUUCCCGACUCAAAUCUUGACCAGUUUACCAGAGAUUCCUGAAGAGCAAGAAGAAGAAGAAGAAGAAGAAAUGUCUGAAGAGGAUCAACAAAUUCUUGACGUUGAGCUC